CAAAUGUAGACAUUUGGUAGUUAUCUUAUAGUCGUUGUUAUAGCGGCUCAGCAGCAACGCCAUUCCCAUAGCCUGGCUACUGAAUAAAUGAAUCUUUAAAAAACACACAGGAAGGUUCUGUAUUUGGUAGAUGUUUUAGGCUUACAGAAUCAUAAUUAAUACUAUGAUGUUGUGUUGAAGUGGCUCACUGUGAUCUCGGCAGCAGUGUAGCUUUAAGAAGGAGGUGGGCAGCGCUCCGAUGACGCAGGAAUAGUCGUGAAAAGAUGCUUCAAAACUUCAGGCCGGAGCCAGUGUGUGUGGUGGCUGCUAGCUGAGCUGGAAGAAUCGCCGUGCUUGGCAGGAUCAGCUCUUGAGAGAAUAUUUUGAGCAGGUUCAGGAGCCUUCGAAGAAACUCUCAAUGCAGAAUAAAACACUCAUAGUUUGGCAAAUUUGCUUCUUUCAAAGACAAAUUCAAUCAUUACCCAUUAAGUCAUUUACUUUCAGCGGAGAUCUUUCUGUUUGCAGCUAUAUGUACACUGCCAAGUGGAGCCAAUUUGGGGAAAGAAACAUUUGAAGAACAUCUUUGUUUUAUUUGUCGGAACUUUGGUUUGGAAAGACGCAUCAUGCUACAUUUCAGCACACUGCGUGUAUACUUUCUGAUGGUCCUAAACCCAGUUAUGACAUACACCUUCACCGAGGACAUAGAGGUUUUGGUAUUUUUGCCACAGAAUAACUCCUACCUUUUUUCAUUUACAAGAGUCGCACCGGCAAUCCUUUACGCACAACAGAGGCUGAAGACAGAAGGGGGACAGUACUCCGGGUUCCACUUCAACAUCCACUUUGAAAACUCUGACUGUGUCAAUGAUGCUAUGUUUGUGUUAGUGGACAGGUCGUGUGGGCGAAAGCCGGAUCUAAUUUUAGGUCCAGUGUGCGAAUACGAGGCGGCGGCGGUGGUAAGACUGGCAUCCCACUGGAACAUCCCGGUGAUCUCAGCAGGUGCCCUUGCUGCCGGGUUCAGCAACAAGAAGACCGAAUUCUCCCAUCUGACCCGCAUCGCUCCGUCCUUCGGUAAAAUGGCAGAGACCUUCACCGCUAUGUUUGAGCACUUCAGCUGGAAGACCGCACUACUGGUCUAUGAAGACGACAAGGAGGAGCGGAACUGUUACUUCACUUUGGAGGGAGUCUAUCAUGUAAUGGCUGAUUUUGACAUUAAAACAUAUGCGUUUUCCCAAGGGGACCGUUUGGACAGUGACGAUCUCCUCCAAAACAUCCAUGAUACUGAAGUUGUGAUCAUGUGCAUGGGAGCGGACAAAAUUCGAGAAAUUAUGCUGGCUGCACACAGAAAACAGCUGACCAACGGGAAUUAUAUAUUCUUUAAUGUUGACCUCUUCAAUUCCUCUUCCUAUGGCAAUGGCUCAUGGAAGAGAGGAGAUAAAUAUGACAAUGAUGCAAGGCAAGCCUACGCUUCUCUCAACACUGUGACGCUGCUCAGGACUGUCAAGCCUGAGUUUGAAAACUUCUCCAUGGAAAUGAAAAAGUCCAUCAAAAAAGCUGGGUUUCAUGACUGCAAAGACUGCGGAAGUGUCAACAUAUUUGUUGAGGGAUUCCACGAUGCCAUGUUGCUUUACGCCAUGGCCUUACAUGAAGCUAUGAAGAAUGGAUACAGUAAGAAGAAUGGAACAGAGAUCACCUCACAGAUGUGGAACAGAACCUUUGAAGGAAUUGCUGGCGAGGUAUCUAUGGAUAUCAAUGGUGAUAGAAUUGGAGAUUUCUCUCUGAUGGCCAUGACCAAUGUGGAGGCAGGAACAUAUGAGGUGGUGGCCAACUACUUUGGUGUAAAUGGAACUUUUCAGCUGCUGCCUUCCUUCAACACAGACCAUUUCACUCUGAGAGGAAAACAUAAACCACAUGCAGAGAUAUCGGACAAAUCAUGUGGACUAGGAGUAUCAGCUUUGACUGGAGUCAUAGUGGGGGCUGUUCUGGGAGCUGCAAUGCUUAUGACAUUCUACUUUUUCAGAAAAAACUACAGGAUUACCAUUGAGCGUCGCAUGCAUAGUGGAGAGUGUGACACUGGGAAACACCGACAAUUACGAGAGGACUCCAUCAGAUCGAACCUCUCAGCAGCAUGAUCGGCAGGAGUGGCAGUCCCUCUCAGAGAAUCUAACAUCUGAAUGUGACCAAAGACAUUGAAACAGUUGUCAGCGAAGCCAUGCUGUUAAAAAUUAGACAUUUUAUGUUUGUAUCCUUAAUGUUAAGAAGUAUUGUUACUCAGGACAAUUGUAAGAAUCACAAAUCACCACUUACUUGGAUUUUCUUUCCUAUAAAGGUAUUUAAUUAUAAUUGUGUAUAAGAAGAUUUGACCAUAAUAUUCUCCAAGGGUUUUAAAAGAAUUUGUUUCUUUUUUUAAUAUUUAGAUGAUGGUUACCAUAACUGUGAAUGAUUCAGGGCAGGUGAACUAUCUAACACUACGUUGGUGGCUGAGGUAAAUUUUUGCUUUUACGGUAGACAAAUAGAGCCCUCAUGUUUAUGGAUUGGUAAACAAUAAAACCAGAGUGAAACCUUGAAGAAAUUAUAUAAGCAGAGAUCUGACUGAAAGGGAUUUGGGCUAGAUCUAUAACUAUAGGCUAUAAGCUACUGAUAGUAAGCUAUGUAUGUUGUUUUCAGUCUCCUACUCAUUACUAACUGAGCACAUUGCUCCUAAAAUGAGAAACACUGGGUCACACAUUUGAAUGUACAUUAUCUUUGAUGCCUUCAGAUUGCUUCAUUUACAGUAUUUUUUAAAUGAGUCUGUUUCAUAAAUUCAAUCACUAUUAGCUUGAGAAAAUGUGGUACUACUUUCCAAUAAUACAUUAAUACUUAAUGCAUUGCUACUUAAUACAUGAAUUACUAAUGCUUUAUAGAUCAGUAAUAAGUAAAAACAAAAUUGUUUUUAGUUGGGUUUUAGGUUAAUUUGUGUUAUGGAUUAACUCACCUCUCAGUGAGUUAAAGAAAAACUCAGAUCAUUAUUACUGACUAUUACUCUUAUUACUAUUAAAUAAAACCCAGGUUGCAAUAAUUCUAAUUUUCUAAGUGCCUGUCCUGUGUCACAAACUGGGCUGCACAGCCAUGACACAACAAAUGGGAGAUGCAUACAACAAAACCAGUUAAAUAGUUUAUUGUUUUGAAUAAACAGAAAUGAACCUACAAAGGGGCUUAAAUUAAUAGUAACGUGUAGUCAGUACAAUCAGCAGUGUAAGUCAAUGCAUAUAUGGAAAAUGUGUGGAUGCAAUGUUGUAUGGUUCAGCAACAGAAACCAAAUGACAAUCAAAGUCAAGAAGAUGUUUCUUGGAGGAGGAAGGAAACCCUGGUGCAGAGGGCCCAGGUGUGCCAGUUCUUCUGAUAAGUCCAAGUGUCUAUACUCUGCUACUCACCCGCCCACCUCCAUUUCCUGCAAAGACAGCAGAACUCAACACAAGCUAUGAAAUAAAAUUGAAUUGAAUUAUAAGCAGAUAGGACAUAGAGAGAGGCCCAUAACCCCUUGUGUUUUGUUUUGUUUGGGCAGGGGUGUUUGUUUGUUUUUAAACAAAACAACUUUCUUUUUCUUUCUACACUGUACUCACCCAGUGUAAUCAUAACUUAUCAAAGCAAUGACCAGAGAUACAAAAGUAAUUGUAAAAGUAAAACAAAUGACAAUUACAAACCUUUUUCCUUUAUUACUUUUUUUGUUGCUAACACAUAAAGGAAGUUCCUGAAGGAGGAGGAGGAACACAAGACACAAGUUGUUUUUAGUAAUGGUUAUUACUGGCACAUUGAUCAAUAUACAAAAGACAUAAGUGCCAGUAAGUACCAACUAUUAGAAUAUAGUAUGCCAAAUUAGUAUUCGUAUUUAGCAGGUGAAAUCACAAAUAAUUGUUAUAUUAUAAUAAUUGUUAUAUUGUAUAUUUAUGGUAGGUAAAACAUUUCUGUGUAGCGAUGCUUUCAAUAAACAGCUAUGACUGCAUGAAAAAAGUAUAAGUAUUUCACUCCACAUUAGUGACCUUUUAGUUAACUCUUUGUCUUUAUAGCUGCAUUAUUCAUGUAUAAUUUAAAAAAAAGAUUUUUAUUAAAACAAAAUAAAGACAGUGAGCUUAGUAAAGUACCUUCCUUCAGUUUGUGUGUUAUGAAAAUAUUCUUAUAAAUAUUCUUCUUAUUAUUAUUUAAACAUCAACAUUUUAAAAUAUUUUUCACCCUAUAUCAAAUUUAUACUGAUUUUAUUCAGCAUCAUAUUUGGUUUCUUCAUAUUGUCAUUUCUUCAUCAUAUCUUAAAUUACACCCACAUGUCUCCUAUACCCAACAAUUACUUGGGACAUUCCUUGUAUGAUGUCAUUUAUGACAUUAGUGUGAAGACUGUUACUAAUUGUUGUAGACACCCAAACACAAACCCACACUUGUAUAUGAAGUAUCUGUAUGGGUUUUUUUCAGGGUGGGGCUAGGCCCCUUUCUUCCAGUGAAGGGAAACUUGAAUGCUUCAGCAUACCAUGACAAUUUGGACAAUGCAUGUUGGACAAUUCCAACUUUGUGGCAACAGUUUGAGGAGGGCCCAUUUCUAUUCCACCAUGACUAUGCUCUAAUGCACAAAACAGGGUACAUAAAGACAUGAUUGGAUGAGUUUGGCGUAGAAGAACUUGACUGGCAGAUCCCUGACCUCAACCCCAUGGAACACUUUUGAGAUGAACUGGAAGUGAGAUUGCUAACCAGGCCUUUCUGUCCAAUAUCAGUGCCUGACCCCACAAAUGCUCUAUUGCAUGAAUUGGCAAAAAAAUCUAUGUAUUUAGAAUGCAAUGGCAAUACUUUUGUCUAUAGUGUAUUUCAGUUAGCAAGGAAGAUCAAAUGAAAUGGCCUCAUCCAGUGUCAGUAAACAUCAUUUUAAUAACCCUAAGCUACACUCUCUGUUGUAUUCCUGCAACAACUCCUCAAAAUGGGAAUGACAUUGCACCUUGAAUGAGACUGGAACAAGCAAAAGGUAAAUAUGUUUCAUUCUUCUGUCCUUUCAUUUAUAGUAGUAAUCCGAGUCUGUUGAUGGUAAAAA